CAGUGGCGUUUCUACCUUUCUUUUUCGAUUGCGCGGUGUUGGAGUUUGUUUUUAGCGAGCUAACGUAGCUUACAUGUAUUUAUUUGUGUAAGUUUAGGGACAUUUGACGAACCUGGCACAUAUAGUUCGCCUUGAUUGAUCAAUAGAAUGCAUUGAUUCGAGAUUUAAGAAAAUAGUAGCUUUGCGCUGUUUAUUUUUCGCCUCAUUGUUUCGCGAGUUCGGGAUGUUUUUAUCCUCAACAUGGAGACAAAAAGAGGGGAGAUUCCCAACGGCGUAUUGGACGACCUCUGCAGUCGAUUCAUCCUCCACAUCCCUAGUGAAGAGAGAGACAAUGCUAUCCGCGUGUGCUUCCAGAUCGAGCUUGCCCAUUGGUUCUACCUGGACUUCUGCAUGCAGAAUGCACCAGGAUUACCUCAGUGCGGGAUAAGGGACUUUGCCAAGGCUGUUUUUAAUCAUUGUCCAUUCUUGCUGCCCAAUGGGGAGGAUGUACAGAAGGUUCUAGAACAGUGGAAGGAAUAUAAGAUGGGUGUUCCAACCUAUGGUGCCAUUAUUCUAGAUGAGUCGCUUGACAAUGCAUUGCUGGUUCAGGGCUAUUUGGCCAAGUCAGGGUGGGGCUUUCCAAAGGGAAAAGUCAAUGAAGAUGAGGCUCCCCAUGUUUGUGCUGUACGAGAGGUUAUGGAGGAGACGGGUUUCGAUAUCAAAGAUCGCAUCUGCAAAGAUACGUACAUCGAGCAGAAAAUCACUGAUCAGUUGGCCCGAUUGUACAUAAUACCUGGGGUACCCAAGGAGACUAAGUUCAACCCCAAAACAAGGAAGGAGAUAAGGAACAUCGAGUGGUUCCCGAUUGAGAAACUACCAUGUCACAGAAAUGACAUGACUCCCAAGUCUAAACUUGGACUCGCCCCCAACAAGUUUUUCAUGGCCAUUCCUUUUGUCAGACCACUCCGAGAAUGGAUUGCCAAGCGUAAAGGAGAGUCUACAGACAGUGAUGAGGAUUUUGCAUCCAAUGGCAGCACUCCAUGCAAACCUCUGGACAAAGCACGCUCCAAGCAUCGACGGGCCCAGAUGUUGCCUGAGGCAUCUCCAGCAGAGGGGUGGGGGAAGCAGAAGCAACCCAAGCCUCUGGGACAGCUGAGCCAAUACGAGGUCUCUGAACUCUUGAAAGCCAAGAACCUCAAUGUGAAAGGCAAUGGGAAGAAGCACCAGGAUUCUCCCAACCUGAAGAAAAGGGCCAAUGGAGUCGGCAACCAGCAGAAAGAGGAGAAGAGACUUCAGCCCAGGAGACUACAGGACAACUUCGACACAGAUACACAUUGUUUUGGAUCCCUCUUUUUCACUAUAGAGAUCUUCUAACUAGCUCAGGGGUGGCCGUGACUCCUGGAGAUCUUCCAACUAGCUCAGGGGUGGCCGUGACUCCUGGAGAUCUUCUAACUAGCUCAGGGGUGGCCGUGACUCCUGGAGAUCUUCCAACUAGCUCAGGGGUGGCCGUGACUCCUGGAGAUCUUCCAACUAGCUCAGGGGUGGCCGUGACUCCUGGAGAUCUUCUAACUAGCUCAGGGGUGGCCGUGACUCCUGGAGAUCUUCUAACUAGCUCAGGGGUGGCCGUGACUCCUGGAGAUCUUCUAACUAGCUCAGGAUUGGCUGGGGGGACGGACGUUGUCCACUGGCCUUGAGUGAAACUGCUCCCUUUCUCUUCCCAGAUGCAGCACUGCCAUCUGACACGUGCAGCUCCACCAAUGGGCAGCAGGUGGUCUGCAACAGCAACUGUGAACACCUCUCCUCCAGGUCCUUCCUCAACUUCAAGUUCGACAGGGAGGCCAUCAUGAAAUGCUUUGACUCCUGAAAUAGCCAACGGACACCUUGGUCGUGUUCAGUAGGGACCAAAAGGAAGUAAAUGCUUUUUUUUUUUGCUUUUCGUUGUAUACCCUAAUGAACACGACCCUGGAAUGGCACACUAGCAGAUACUUCAGUUCUAUGGAAACGGCAGCCCCUCCAACCGUAUGGUUGAGAUGAAGAGUACUGACCACAUAUAUAAAAGCCUUCUGUUGUAGGUUUAAUUUUUUUUCUCAAGCACAGAAUGGUGAACUUGGUGUCGCUGUUUGUUCAUUCAAGCCGAAUCCUUACUUUGGGAUUCUUAGUAACUUAGUUUCGCUUCCAGGAAAUCAUGCAGUGAUGUCAAUGGCAAAAAAAAUAGGGAUGAACAGUUUGUACUCUUGUGCACAGAUCUCUAGUUAGGAUUCAGCCCAUAUGAUCCAGAUUUACUAAGCAUUUGCAUCAGGUGCAAAUGUUGUACCUGUAUUUUUAUAGAGGGAAUUAAUCACAGAAAGUAGUGGGGGGAGGGUUGAAAAUACAGGUUCUGAGAAGAAUAAUGGUAAAGGUAGAUUUAAAGGUCAAAUAAAGGUAGAUGAAGAUCGAGUUUUAACUUUGGGGUUUCAUCCCCUGUUGACACGAACAAAGCACAUGUUUAGUAAAUCUGGCCAGUGGGUGAAGUCGGCGCCAUAACUUGCCAAUUUCAGUGUUUUUGUUUUGUUUGUUUUUUUUUGUCUAAUUUUAAUGGACGACAUAGUCCAACUUUGGUCAGUUUCACCGCCUUACCAACUGAGCUCCCGAUUUUAUGUUUUAGGGCAGUGGUUCCCAACCAGGGGUCUUAUGAUCACUUGGAGUAUGUGGUCUAUCCACAGGGGGUACUUGAAGACUCAUGAGACCAUAGGACUGCUGGUAAAAGGCACAUGAGGGGGUACUCCGGGUAGAGUGAAAUUCAUUCCCAGUGGUACAGUAACCGAAAAAGGUUGGGAACCACUUUUUUUUGUGUGUGUGUAUAGCUGGUGUGAACUGAUCUGAGGCUAAGCACAGAGUACUGUACAUUGUGCUUCUACGCUUUAUCCCCAAAGUCAUAGAGCUGGUGUAGAUGGUCUUAUACAGGCAGUCAUGUUGAAUGGCUCAAGCUGUGUCCGCUCCAAGUAGCCUCGUCCUACCAACUGUGAUGCCAAUGGCCGCGUUCCAGGUCAAGCUUCUUUUUUUGCAGUCGUGCAUCUCAGAUUGCUAUAUGAUACGAAUGUGGUUUCCACAAUGUUAAAUUUGAUUUUUGCGCAGUACGACUGCAAUAAAGACAACCUGGUACGUGUCCUAUGUCUGUCUUGUCUGGGGUCUGUAGUGGGGCUCGGUGCAGCUAGCCUGACUUCAGAGGCUGAUGGCAGAGAUGUAAGACUGAAACAGCUUGUGUUAAGAUUCCUCUGUGCAAAACACAUCACUCUCACAAUGCGCCUGGUUAACAAAGUAUCUACCUAUUCUACACCUGGAACAAGACAAAUCACAUUUUACACAAGGGAACAGUAAUAGGUGGAUGGAAUCCUAAGACAAAACAAAUAAAUGUUUUCUAUCUUU